AUGUUGUUAAAAUAUUCCGACUACCAGUUGGGUUCGGCCUUGCAAACUCCGGGUCUGAAUAAUUCAGGGAUUGCUCCCACCGAAUACGAGACGACAACCGGGAACGGAGCUACAGGAACGCCGGUGGGGGUAGUAAACGUGACCGCCGCCUCUCAACAACAACCGCUGGGACCACUGCAGGAGGCCUACAUGGCUCGGGACAGGAGUUAUCCACCACAACACAUUGACAACGAAGUGACCUACGCCGAACUAUCCCACGUGAGACCGAACUCCCUGGAGCCCAUCAAAAACGGCGGAAAUCAGUACGGCACGUUACUACACAGAGACGACCCCACAAUUUACGCUCAAAUCGACCACAACCGUCGGCCGCCACCCCUCAAAACUUCCCCAAUGGUGUCCCCCGCAAUGAAUGAGAGUCCAAGAAGUUUUAAAAUACUAAGCAAAGUGACACUUACAAGUGAAGAUAAAGAUGGUGCUUCCUCGAGCCAACAUAAAAACAAAGUAACGGUUAUUACUGAUGUUAAUAAACCCGUUGGAAAAUCCGAGCCAAAAGUUGUUAUUUUAAGCGACGUUAGCAAUAGUUCUUUAAAUUCAGAUUAUUUAUCCGAUCCAUUAAAAAGUUUAAAAGAGUGUAUCGAAGCCCAAAAAACUCUUAAUGUAUCUAGAGAAGAUUUAGAAGAAAAUAUUGAUCCCAACAUAAGCGGCAAUGAAGAUUUUGUCCAGGAAAUCAUAGCACUAGAUAACACUGAUAUUUUAGAUGCCUUUAUAGACCUAGAUUCUCUAAACAACGCCGAUGUAACUAUUGAAGAGGUUAACUACAAAAAUAAUCGAAGAUGGGAUAAUGUUUUGAAUAGCGAUAAAGAGAAAUUAGAAAUAACUAACAGUACAAACUUUACCGAAGCUUCUAAAGGCAACAAUGCAAAUGAAAUAAGAAACUCAACUAGUUUUGAAAACAAUAUCGAUAUAAAUGCCGCGAAAAAGGAAAUUUCCGGAUUACAUGAUGACUCAUUAGAAAAAGAGAGCAGCUCAGAAGCGGAAAAAAAUGUUGCUGCAGAUAAUGAUAUUAAAAAGCGCAAAAGAAAGAAAAACAGAUUAAGCGACAGUCAAGACUGGGAGUACAAUACCAACAAGAAGAAAAGACAAGAAGGGGCAGCAUAUAAGGGAAGAAAGGAUAAUAAAUUUUUAGUGCAGAAACAUAAAAGGAAAUUAAAAAUUAGGUGUUCGUGUGAAGAAAAAACGUCAGAUAUUUCAAAAAUUCUGGAGCUUUACAUGGGAAGAAAAAAAAGUAUUUGUCUGUGGAAGAGCGAUUGCCUCAAGUAUCAAAAGAGCCAGAAACCGAAAAUCUGA